CGCGGCCGCGCGCUCCCAGAAGAGGCGGCGGCGGCGGCGGCGGCGGCGGCGGCGGCGGCGGCGGCGGCGGCGGCGGCGGCGGCGGCGGCGGCGGCGGCGGCGGCGGCGGCGGCCCCGGGCGGCCCCGGGCGGACCAAGCGGACCCGAUCGACCGGAGGCGAGGCGAGGCACGCGCUGGGCGGCGGCGGCGGCGGCGCGCCCUAUGGAGGCUUUCCCCGGCGGCAAGCUGGAGCAGCACCGGCACCUCCCGCCCGGGGAGCGCCUGCCAGGCGCCCGCUACGGCGCCCGCGGCCACAGCGGCUGCGGGAACGUGUUCAACUCCUGGAACGACUACCUGGGGCUGGCCACGCUCAUCACCAAGGCCGUGGGGCCCGGCAAGGGCUUCGGCGCCGAGCCGCCCUCCGUGGUGGUGGCGGCCGCCGUGCCGCCGCCCGAGGAGGAGGAGGAGGAAGAGGAGGAGGAGGAGGCGGCGGGGCCGUACUUCGAGGGCGCGCUGGACUUGCACGACCUGGAGCUGUGCGGGCACCACCACCACGGCGAGGGUCUGCUGGAGGAGCGCUUCGCCCACUUCAGCCCCUUCCCCGGGCGCGGCGGCCCCGCCGCCGUCGUCUUCGGCUGCUCGGGCGAGCACCCGGGCCGGGAGGGCUCGCCGCACGCCUGGGGCGGGCUGGUGGUGGCGGGGCGGCUGCCGGCGCACCCGCGGGCCGCCGCCCGCCUGCUCAAGCCCGAGCUGCAGGUCUGCGUCUUCUGCCGGAACAACAAGGAGGCCGUGGCCCUCUACACCACGCACAUCCUCAAGGGACCCGACGGGCGCGUCCUCUGCCCGGUGCUGCGGCGCUACACCUGCCCCCUCUGCGGCGCCAGCGGGGACAAUGCCCACACCAUCAAGUACUGCCCCCUCUCCAAAAUGCAGGCGGCCAGACAGCUCAAACACGCCCGGACCGCCCUGGGCAAGAAGGUGCGCUAGGCGCGGCCGGGGGGGCGAGCGGCCGGACAGCGGUGCCCCGCCGCCCAGGAGACCCCUUCCUGCUCUUUUUCUUUUUAGGAUUGUCGUAAAAGCGGAUUACGUUUUGUUCUUUAACACAUUAAUAUAUUAAACGCGGAGACUAGAGUGUGAGAGUCCCCGGGCUGGUGUCUUGCAGCGGAUAGCUUCUAGUUUGUGCGCUUGGCGUGCGGGGAGCCCAGCGCGGAGCCUAACGCUAUGUCAUGGUAACUGCGCCGUUUAGAUGCACUGUAUUUGUUUAUGGUAUAAAUACAUAUAUGAUUUUUUAAGAAAACGGGUUUACGACGAGAUCUAAUGGCGAGCCGUGCCGGGGCGGGCGGCUAAGGGAAGCGCUUGACAGUGCGCUGCGCCGGCCGCUGCGCUGGGGGGGCGGCGGGCCGCGGCUGCCCGGGCCCCGGCGGGGGAGGCGGGCCCGUGUCCCCGGGCGUGCGGCGGGGCGGCGUCGCCCUCUGCUGCCUUCGCGCCCGGCCGCCGCGCUCACCGCCCGGCGCGGCGCAGCCCAGCCCCGGGCGGCCCCUGCCCCGCAGGGGACAAGGCUGCGGCCGCCCUCGCCCCGCGGCGGCCCGCUCCGGACCUGUGCGCGGCGCUGCUUUCCUCCGCCUGGGCCCUGCUUGCUUGUUCAGCCUGGCCCAGCAGCAUCUGCGCUGUGUGCCAAAGCUGGUGUUUUCCCGGUUAGUAGCAGUGUACUUAAUUAUGGUAUGACAUGGUGCAUUUCAGAUCUUAAACUAAACAGCUGAGUGAUUUCCUCCACUGAGCUCAAAACCAGGUAGCUGGUUGUGGUCAAACCUGUAUUUGGUUACUUAGUUGGUAAUUAAUACCCCUGCCACUAAAUUGCAGUGUCCUAAGUGCCCCACGGUUAAGCUUGAAUUAUUCUGCUGGUGAGUGUGGCUGGCUCUGAUCUUGCAAAAUGGGUAUCAGGCACAGGUUUCUGUGUCUGAUACUGAGCUUCAGGGAAGGUCUAAGAAGAAAAGGUGUGAAAGUACUUGAUGAAUAUGUAACAGGUCUAGGCAGGGGUGGAAACUGAGCCCUUGCUACAGAAGGAAAGGCAAGAGAUGUGGCAGAAGACAAGCUUUAAUGCAGCUUGUGUGUGAUGAAGAAUGAGAAGCUGAUGGAAGGCCUUUGAAGGGAAAAGGGACAUGGUCAAAGCAGAAGGCAGUCACCACCAGAACUGCAGAUAGACAUCAACAACAGAAGGUUAUAUUUGUCAAGGCCAGAGAGAAGAACAUGGCUUUAAGUCAUUGUAAGAUGGGAGAGAUCUACCUAUGUCAUUAACAAAAAUAUCCCUAAUGCUACACAGACUGUACAAAAUGUAAGACUGAAGCUGAAGACCAAGGAAAGAGUUCUGAAUCCUAGGUCGUGCCAGUUUCUUGACAAGCAGGGCUGUGUUGCCUCUAGUUCUCAAGAGACCAGGAAUUGUUUUUAUUGUGACUAGAUGGCAGGACAAGAAGAAGUAGGUUUGCAGUUUGGUUAGAAUGAGUCCCCCAGAGCUGAAAGGCUGGUGUAUGCAAGUUCUCAGUGCAGAGAGGGUUGUGCUGUAGAUGACUUUACCUAGAGUUGGGAUAGAGAAGGGAACCCAGGGGUUGCCCUGCCAAAAAGCUAUCAUCAGACAAGGGAGGUGAUGAAAAACUUAUGCAAGAACAAUUAGGGAAUCACCAGGAAAAGGAGGGGGGACAGGUGCAGAGAGAAAAGAAAAAAGGGAGCUAGGGAAGUGAGGUUAUAUGCAUUUGUGUGGACUCCUUUUGAGAAGCUGCUCAACAGAGAAUGGGGGGAGGAUAGCAGGAAGCAGGACAGUCAAGAAUGGAGUCAAAAGGUGUGCAAAAUAGGCUGGAAAGGAAGGCUUAAGAUUCAUUACUUGUGACUGCUAUUGACUGGCACAACUGCAGCCCUGAGGAUAGAGAAACUGAAUCUAUACGGAAGUAUUCUCUUGAUCUUCACCAAACUCAUCCCUUAGAUAGCAUUAAGUCUAAUUAUCAAAUGUAAAGGGACUUGCACCUUACAGCAGCUACAUUUUCCUUAUCCUAAAGUUGCAUAUUGUGUUUGUUCUGUAGGGCUUGCAUUACAGACUCUUCUAAGCUGCUAAAGUUUAAUUAGAUUUUGUAAUGUCAAGUCCACAUAGGUUUAAUCUGUAUCAACCACCAAUUAGAAUCAAGCUUGAAUGUAAUGCUAUGGAGAGAAUUUUCUUUCAUGUUUUUGUUACCUUCUCGUAAAAUUUUGAAGCUCAGUGUGUGUAUUUUAACCCAGAUGGCUGUUAAUGGAGACAAAAGCAAGAAAGAAACAUCAUUGGAAAACACCUUAAAAUUUUUCUUAAGGGAAAUACUGACAGGGCUGUGUUGGAGGUGUCCCUGAUGGUGCUUGUGAUGCACCUGAAUUAAGCUCCCUUGUUCUAAGAGAAUGCCUGGGAUUCAUCAAGACAGCAAAAUAUCCCCCUGCUUUGAAGGGCACUAACGGUUUUUGGCACCUGCUCCUCCCCUCCACCUGCCGAAGAACACUGCUGCUGUAUCUUAAAAGCUUCUGCUCCUGCAUAUGACUCCUGACUCCUCUCUUGUUCUACGUGCGUACUUACACGCUUGCGGGGGAAAGGCUGAGAGCUGCCUGUCAUAGGCACUACACAAUAUUAAGCAUGUGAUCAAAGUAUUAACAGGAGAAAGGCAAAUGUUGCACACAUCCUCCAAAAAAAAGGUGAAAAGGACAAUCCAGGAAACUACAGGCCAGACAAUCUCACUUUGGCCAUGGAGCAAGUUAUCUUGGAGCAUGUUUCUAAGCACAUGAAGGAGAAGGUGACUGUGCACAGUCAGCAUGGAUGUACCAAGGGUAAAUCAUGCCUGACCAACCUGACUGCUUUCCAGGGUAGAAUAACUGGUUUUGUGGACAAGAAGAGAGCCAUGUCUGUUAUUUCGCUUGACUUCACCAGGGCUUUCAACACUGUCUACCGCAAUAUUCUUGUAUCUGCAUUAGGAUGUUACAGUCUGGAUAGGUGGGCAACCAGGUGGCUAAAAAGCUGGCCGGACACCUUCAGGCUCAAAGGGUCAUGGUCAAUGGAUUGUACUCAACCUUCAGUGGACCCCACAGGGGCCCAGCCUGGGACCUGGCCUCUUUAACAUCUUUAUCAGUGACCUACAGGCAGUGACAGAGUGCACUCUCAGCAAGCUCACAGAUGACACCAAACUGGGAUGAUCAGUCAGCACAGGCAAGGGCAGGGCUGCCAUCCACAGGGACCUACCCAGGCUGCAGGAAUGGGCUGAUGGGAACAGCAUGGAGAAAUGCAAAGUCCUGCACUGCUAAGGAAGAACUCCUUGCAACGGUACAGCCAGGGAGCUGACUGGCUAGGGAGCAGCUCUGCUGAAUAAGACCAGGGCUCCUGGCAGACAGCAAGCUGAGCAUGGGCUAGCAGCGUGCCCAGGCAGCAAAGGCCAGAAGCACCCUGGGCUGUAUGGACAGCAGCAGGGCCUGGAGAUUGAGGGAAGCCUCAGGGCCCUCUAUCCAGCACCCACUGGACUACAUCUGGAUACUGUGCCCAGUUUUGGGCCCCUCCAACACAGCAAAGACAUUGAUAAACUGGAGCAAGUGCAGCAGAGGGCCCCCCCGAAUGGUCAGGUGCUGGAGCACUUGCCCUGUGAGGAGAAGCUGGGGGAAAUGGGGCUUGUUCAGCCUGGAGAAGGAAAGGCUUUUGAGGGAGACCUAACUGCAACCUGCCAGUACCUAGGGGGAAGUUAUCAAGAAGAUGGAACCACACUCUUCACAGUGGUGCUUGGGCAAAAGGACGAGACAACAGGUAGACGCUGAAAAGAGAGGAGUUCAAGCUGGAUAGAAAGAGAAACCUUUUUCCUCAUGGGGCAGUCAAGUACUGGAACAGAUUGCCCAGAGGUUGUGCAGUCUCCCUCCUCAAAGGUUUUCAAGGCCAGACUGGCUAAAGCCCUGAGUAACAUGGUCUGAUUUCACCCCAGGAGGUUGGACAACAGACCUCCUAAGGCCCCUUCUAACCAGAAUUAUCCUAUGAUCCUAAAACGCACAAUUUAAGGACAGCAACAAGUAGCUGAAUAGCAGCAGCACCCACUAUCCCACAUCUAAUAAGCACUCUCUGUUACUGGAUAGAUCCCAUUCUCUGAUUCCAUCCUUUACAGGAUUGUAUGAGGCACACAAACCACAAAUUCAUCUUGCUUAGAAAAACACUAAUGCUCUGAAGGAAUUCUAUGAUUUAGCAAGCAAAGAAGUGGACAGGCUCCAAAGGCACAAACAUCUGGCACUCACAGAAGAUGACUAUGAGACCAAGAGCUGAGAAGUGACUAGGAUCUGGAAAACUCAGGGGAGGGCAGGAAAAGAACAGGAAGAGGAGUAUUACAACUUAUGUUCACACAUGUUAAAAUUCAAUAAGGUUUCUCAGAAAGAAACUCUGUCCCGUUUUGUCACAUUGUUUUUCAACUGGUACAGAAACAGGUAGGCAUACAGACAGUUAUUAAAUUCUUGUUCUGCAUUAAAGUACAUUUCAGCAAGUUAUUAAGAAGUCAAGACGCUAUAGAAGCUAAUUCCAGAAGUUGUUUAUUUAUCAUUGAAGAAACACACAGCAGCAAGUUCUGUGUUGGCUUCAGUAUGGCCAGAUAGUUAAUCAUUGUUACUGCACCCCAAAAUUGAAGUCAACACAGCCAUUACUACAAACCACUUUUUUGGAAAGGGAAAGAAUGUACCCUGAAGACAAAGAAUUUGGGGGGGGGGGGGGGG